UUUUAAUGAAAAAGCAAAAGCAAUUUUAAAGACAUGAAAGAACCUAUGACAAACAUACCAAAGUUAUCCAUGUGGGAAUCAUUAGAAAAAAGAGAGCUUGAUUUAAUUGUUAAUCAAUCUCCUAAAAAUAUUUUUCAAGAAAUGAUACAAUGGACUGAAUCUGGAAUAUUAUGGAAAUUUCCUAUUGAUAAUGAAAUUGGAAUGGAAGAAGAAAGUAACGUGCAUUUCUCUGAACAUGUAUUUCUAGAACGUCAUUUAACAGAUUGGUGCCCAAAAAGUGGUCCAAUACGUCAUUUUAUGGAACUUGUAUGCAUAGGUCUUUCUAAAAAUCCAUAUUUGACUGUAGAUGAAAAACUUGGUCACAUUACAUGGUAUAAAGAAUAUUUUAAAGGAAAGAAAGAAUUAUUAACAGAAUUAGGUGCAAUUAAUAUUUCAUCCACUAUGAAAGAGCAGACGAAAACUUAAAUUAUAAUAUAUUCGUAUACAUGCAGAAUUAACAUCGUAUCAAAUUGAUCGCUCAAUAUACAUUGCUUAUCCUUUUUUAAUUAAGGAAUAGCUCUACAAAAUAUUCAAUUAUAACUUCUAUUGUACAUUUACACAAAAGAAGUCGUAUAUCUAAUCAUAAAAAACUGAUUGAUUAAAAAAGAAAAAUAUAUAUACAGCUAUUUCAAAUGAAAUGAUUAAUGUUGUAUUAUCCUAUGUAUACUAAAUAAGGUAAAUUAAUUAAUUUCACAAAUUUUUAGCAUAUUUGUAUGUAUGCAUAAUAUGCAGGAUAUCCCAUUUAUCUGGAAAAAUUGGAAUAGAUAUUGUUGUUGUUGGGACUGAACCUAUCAAAAAAAUGUAUUUACAAAUUUGUUUAAUAUGAAGAUUUGAGAUGAAUUCAAUAACGUGACAUAUAAGGUUUGUAAGUUCCUAAUAGCUCUAUAUCAUAAUCGCCAACUAUUAGUCUGCAUGCUGUAAGCAAAGGCUGAAUUUUUUUUAUCUAUCUUUAUGCUUUUCAAAUUACCAACUAAGUAAACGAAGUUUAUUUCGUAAGAAGUUCAGCCUUUAUUUACAACAUGCAGUUUAACAGACGGCGAUCAGCGAUACAGGGUUAUGGUUCUUAGUAACUCACAAAUUUAUAAUAUAAUUUAUAAUAUUUUACAAUGACAAAUGACCUUAUAUAGCAUGCCGUUGAAUUGGUCGCAACAAAUUCCAACAAACUAUGUGAAGAGAAAUAUA